AUGCCGGCGUGCUCCGGCUUCACGGGGAGCAACCCCGGCUCGGGCUUCGGCCAGACCAGGCGGAGGGAGCGCCUCGUCGGCGCUGUCACAGAGGAGGGCUCGUUGAUGACGAGGGCGCCGCUCCGCGCACGACGCCCGAGCGGCCAUCUGCUCGACGAAAUGCGCCGGACGACCACCCAGCGCUGGGGGCCGCGCCAUCGCACCGACCAGGCGCCAGGCUCCGGCGCCGUCGCAGUCGACCGCCUCAGCGCCCUCCCGGACGCGCUCCUGCACCACAUCAUGUCGUUCCUCAAGGCGUGGGAGGCGGUGCCCACCUGCGUGCUCGCGCGCCGGUGGCGCCACCUCUGGGAGUCCGUGCCCUUCGUCGACCUCCGCUUGCGCUACAUGAGCCGCGACGGCGACCCUCCGCAGGAGUUUUGUGACUUCAUGCACCGCUUCUUCCUCCUCCGCGAUGUGUCGGUGCCGGUGGACACGCUCCGCCUGCAGCCCAGCGACGAGGACGCCGGCUUCAACGAGGAGGACGCCAGCAUCUGGAUUAGGACUGCUCUCAAGCGCAAGGCGCGGGUUAUUCAUCUUGCUGGGCAUCACAAGAGAGCCGCGUCGUUGGAUGGUGUGCCCUUUGUUUCGUGCCACCUCAAGAUCUUGAAGUUGUCCUACGCCAGGCUCGAUGACAGUAUCCUCCGACAGCUUUCUGCCAGUUGCAAAUCCUUGGAAGAACUGGAUCUCAAGGAUUGCUUGGUGACAAGCCCUGGGAUUGUGUCCGCCUCUUUGAAGACCUUAAUCAUGCUUAAGUGCAAGUUCAAUUCGGGCUUCUCCAUUGCAGCUCCCAACCUCGUACUUCUGCGCCUCAUCACACCUUAUGUCCAAGUUCCGUCAUUUACCGACUUUGGGUCACUGGUCACAGCCACUAUCUUACUUGAUGACCAUUUCUUGAGCAAUGAAUGUGAACACAUCAGCGAUAAAGAUGACUGUGAUGAAACUACUGAUGACGGCGGCAAUGAUGAUAAGAGGAGCUAUAGGAUUCAUGAUGCCUCUUCCUUGAGUGAUGAUGAUGAUGCUUUUGAUAAGUUUGGAUAUGGAUAUGGUUUUCCUGAAGAAAGAUAUGGGCACAGUCGUUACAAGGAUAAUUAUAAUUAUGGUAGCGAUAUUGAUAGUGAUGACAAUACCAAUGAAUACGGUGAGAUCGCAAACGAUGCAAAGUAUGGCUAUAAAGGUAAAGGGAAGCUUUCCAGUGAAGAUGGUAACUAUGGAAAAAUCAGUGGUGGAAAUUAUACUAGUAAUAAUAUUCUAGGUGGCCAUCAUAUGCUUGAGAGCCUUUCCACAGCUACGAGUUUGGAGUUGUUAACUGAUGCUGGAGAGGUGGUUCUGACUAGGGAAUUGAGAAGGCGUCCAACUUUUAGCAACCUGAAGACCCUGUCCCUUGGUGAAUGGUGUAUGGCUGCUGAUUUCGAUGCAUUAAUUUUCUUGCUACAGCAUUCACCUAAUAUAAAGAGGCUUUUUCUCCAACUCAAAUUGAACUUCAGCACAAGGAAGGCAUUGGAAACAGGUAUCAAACUACAGGGAAGACCAUUUACUUGCAAAGAACUUAGAAUGGUGAAGAUCAAAUGUUCAAAGGAUGAUGGGAGAGUCCACACCUUGGCACAUAUGUUCAGGGCAAAUGGUAUACCACUAGAGAAUAUUUAUGUGCGUCGGAGCGGGAAUGCUUAUCUCCGUGGCCAGAAGUUUAUGAGGGACCUCGCCAAGCAAGAACUGGAUGAAUGUGGGGACGACUGGAUGUAA